AGUGACGUGUUGCCUGGUACUUCCGAAAGAGACCACACGAAAGUUUCUCUUUUCGUGGGCCAAACCACCGUGCAGAUAUAAAUUCACAUGGACAAACCGUAAAAGCCUGCAAGUAGCAUUACCCAUGUCCGACCGAAGUUCAUGGAGCGUUGAGGCGAUCAGUCGCUUCUUGCAUCAUUCCCCACAGACGAAGACCCUGACAUCGAUCAAGAAAUUGCAUGCCCACCUCCUCACAACGGGUUUACUUUUCUUGUCCCCGAGCAUCCAAGCAAAACUCAUCUUCUCGUACACUGCACGCGUUCCAAGAACCAACCUUCAAAAUUUGACUAACUUGUGCAAGCUCUUGAUCCCCAGCAGAGACCCUGUACCCUUCAAUAUUCUGAUAUCUCAGUUUGCUCGAAAUGGGUUUGCUGCAUAUGCACGAAAGACCUUCUCUUUAAUGCAUUUCAGUGGCGUUCUUUUAGAUUCAUAUGCUCUAUGCAGCACUUUGACGGCUUCCUCCGACGAUGAGGGUGUGAUUUUCGGUAGACAGAUGCAUGCCCUCAUCACGAGGUUAGGUUGGUCGUCCAGUGUUUUUGUCAAUGGUGCUCUGAUUGAUUUGUAUGCAAAAUGUUCAUUGGUUGAUGAUGCGGCACAGCUGUUUGAUGAAAUUCCUGUGAAGAACACCGUUUGUGCCAACGCUCUAUUGUCCGGUUAUAUUGAUGCUAAGAUGUGGUCAGAGGGGCUCAAACUGGCUAGAAACAUGCCUCUCUUGAGUUUGCAUCAUGAUCAUUUCACAUUGUCAGCGAUGUUAAGGGCAUCCACCGGACUGUCUGCAGUGGAGUUGGGUAGGCAGGUUCAUGGCCACCUUGUUCGCACAGUUUAUGAUUCUGAGAACGAUUUGUUUUUGCAGAGUUCACUGAUCGAAAUGUAUGGUAAAUGUGGCUUAGUAGAAAAGGCUUCUCAAGUUUUUGCUUUGGCAGGAUUUGGAGCAGAGGGAAAGAUUGACCUUGUUCUUUGGACUUCCAUGUUGGAUGCUUAUGGAAGAAAUGGUUGUUAUGGUAAGGUGAUUGAGUUGUAUAAAGAAAUGCUGAUAAAGGGGAUCGAGCCAGAUGAGGUAGCCUUUGUGACUGUUAUCGCAGCUUGUGCUCGAACUGGUCAAGUGGCACUUGGGAUUGAAUUUUUCGAAUCAAUUAGAAAUGAGUACAACGUGAAGCCUACCCAAGAGCACUACAGUUGUCUGGUGGAUCUGCUUUCUAGGGCAGGUGAGUUGGAUAGAGCUUGGAAGCUGCUCAACGAGAUGCUUCAGAAGGGGUUUAGUGGUACUGAUUCGAUGUGGGGGGCUCUUCUCAACGCUUGCUUGGACAGUGGGAAUAUUGAACUGGGAAAAUUGGCCUCUCGAAGAGCACUUGAGUGGGAUCCUCAAAAUGUUGGAAUUUAUAUAUUGCUAUCAAACUUAUAUGCUAGAUUUGGCAUGUGGGAUCAGAUUGGAUUGUUGAGGGAAUUAAUGAAAGAAAGAGGACUGAAGAAAGAUACUGGAUGUAGUUGGAUUGAGAUCACAAAUUAAAUUGGUUUUGCUUGGAAUAUGACCAUGCUUAAUUAAGCAUAGUCCAAAUGGCUUUUCUUGUGGAAGAGUUUGAAAUUGGAGGCAUAGAAGCACGUACAAUACAAAGAGAUGGACUGCAGCUCAAAGAGAAAGCUAAUAGGAGAAGUUGGCGUAUGAUUUUGGAAUUAGAAAACAUUCUUAAAAGUCAAACAUCUUUGAUACAUGAAUUUUAAGACUAGAGGUAGUCAAAUGGAAUUGUUGGAGAAUUGUGAUUCUAAUCUCAAUUUGUUUGAAGAUGCUUGAAAAGGAUUUGCAUACAGUUGUUGCAGCUGUUGUCCCAUAAGGUGCUUUUCAUAGCAAAUAUUGCCAAUGAAAAAGAAAAAGGUGGUAAAGUGGAGCAUGCUUAAGCCUCAGCACUACUUUUAGAAGCAGAUAAGCUACAACAUGACACAGCUGCUUGUGAGGCUCAGGCUGUCAAAUUGAAAUGUCAAGGUGAGUGAGUCUUUUGCAACGGCAAAAUGACUGUCAAUGAGCCUGCGACAACCUUGACAAAGUGCCAUGGGUGGUCAUCAGAUGCUAGCUAUCUGCCUCCUCAUUACAACCACGGAGUCCAUAAUUCACCAUUGCUCCACGCUGCUACUCUGCCAGUGAACCAUAAGAGCUGCCAUAUUCUUGGGCCACACUUGUGAUUCCUUUUUUCUCCAUAAAACAAGGAGGAAAAGGACAUUUAUGUUGAUCUUUGCAUCACUUAUUAGGCUUUAAUUCUUGUGAUUUUUUUCAUGGAAGACAAAUUAUCAAGCAGAAUACAGUCAUUAAUAUCAUUUCAUCACAUGACACCUAUAGUUUAUUGAGUAAUCUUUUUGGUGUAUGUAGACCUCUUGCUGCUUCAACUUGAAUAUUUCAGGCUCAACAACUCUGCUGUGAA